AUGAUACCCGCCAAUCGGCUGGACACUCACGAGAGACCUCCAGAAGCCAUACGUAAGUUGUUCAAGAAAUAUCAGAAGUGCAAAGCGGAGGAUUUACACAUUGACCCUGAUGUUAUCGACAUGAGCAGAGAGGUGAACGGCUUGGGCCACCAGCUCCAGCCGGCAUCGUCUCAGUCCUGUUUUGGCGCUCGAGAUCAUGCAUUUCGAGAAUUUCUGUGCUAUCCGUCCGAUGGUUGUGGUGAAGAAAAAGCUUCACCUGUUUCUGCAUUCGCGGUCACAAGCAUUCCCGGACUCUACAUCUUGCCCAACUUGUUACCUCAUGAAAUCCAGCUUGCUCUGCUCUCGAAUCUUCUUCACCGAGAUCUAUCCAAUCCCAAUCAUCAAACAAAUGUUCACUUACACCACAAAAUAUCAUACUCGCUGGCAUCCUCUAAUUUACCCAUCCCUUCGUUCUUCAACAAAGACCAGGCUUUCAUCUUCCCACCCCAGGACCCGGUUGUCCACAAACCUAUCAACAUUGCCGAAUUCCUCGGGAAGAAGCUUCGUUGGAUGACGCUUGGAGGUCAAUAUGACUGGACAGCCAAACGAUAUCCACCAGAGACCCCACCUCCAUUUCCAGCCGACAUCAAGCAGCUUCUGAAGACCCUACUCCCGGAUCUGGAUGCGCAAGCAGCCAUUGUCAAUGUCUAUUCUCCUGGAGACACGCUCAGUAUUCAUCGUGACGUUAGUGAAUCCUGUGACCAAGGUCUAGCCAGCAUUAGCAUCGGCUGCGAGGGAGUAUUUAUUGUCGGCAGCCAAGACGGCACUCAGGCUGCAGUCAUAAGAUUGAGAACCGGAGACGCGGUGUACAUGACCGGCGCCUCGAGGUAUGCCUGGCACGGUGUCCCGAAGAUUCUUCCGAACACAUGCCCUGACUGGCUUGCUGUAUGGCCGGCGAGUGACAACAACGAAAAGGUGUACAACCAUUGGCGUGGCUGGAUGUCCAACAAGCGAAUCAAUCUGAAUGUUCGUCAAAUGUACGACACAUUAUCUCCAAUCUGA